GAUCACAUGACCUGGAGAUGGCAGCAGCCGCUCGGAAGAGGCCGAGGCCGGGGUCCGGGUUUUGAGGUUGGGCCCGGAGCCGGGAUACAGAGAGAGACAUGCAGAAAAUAAAAUCAUUGAUGUCCCGCCAGGGUCUGAAAAGCCCCCAGGAAAGUGUAACAGAGGUUAAAUCCCCAGUUGAAAACUUUCGAAUACCCAGCAAGGAAGAACAAAGAGAAUUAAGAGAAAUUCCAAGUGACCCUCAAGCGGAGCAAGAAAUAAUUAACAGCAUUGAAGAAAUUUAUUUCAACAAUGACUCAUUUGAUGUUGUGAACUAUGAGCUGGAGAAACUUCCCUCUGUUCUCAAUCUACAAGACCUUGAAGAAUAUAGAGAUAAACUGAAACAACAGCAAGCUGCUGUAUCAAAGAAAGUAGCAGAUUUAAUCCUUGAAAAACAAGCUGCAUACGUGAAGGAACUUGAAAGAGUUACAUCAUUGCAGGCCAAUCUUCAACUGGCUGCUGUCAUAUGUACAAAUGCAAGAAGGCAGCUAAAUAUUGCCAAGGAAGGCUUUACACAAGCUAGCCUGGGGUUGCUUGCGAAUCAAAGAAAGAGACAGCUGUUGAUUGGACUACUGAAGUCUUUACGCACAAUUAAAACACUGCAAAGGACGGACGUACGAUUAAGUGAAAUGUUGGAGGAAGAAGAUUAUCCUGGAGCAAUACAACUCUGUUUGGAAUGUCAGAAAGCAGCUAGCACAUUCAAACACUACAGCUGCAUAAGUGAACUGAAUUCAAAAUUACAAGAUACAUUGGAACAAAUAGAGGAACAGUUAGAUGUUGCACUGUCAAAAACCUGCAAGCACUUUGAAGUCGGUCAUUAUACCAAGGUCCAACUUGCUUACAGAUUGCUGGGAAAAACCCAGACUGCAAUGGACCAGCUACACAUGCACUUCACUCAGGCUAUCCAUAACACAGUCUUCCAGGUUGUACUUGGAUACGUGGAAUUGUGUGCAGGCAACUCGGACACCAAGUUUCAGAAGCUGCAAUAUAAAGAUCUUUGCACGCAUAUUACUCCUGACAGCUACAUCCCAUGCCUGUCUGACCUCUGCAAAGCUCUGUGGGAAGUCAUGCUAAGCUACUAUCGCACCAUGUCGUGGCAUGAUGAACAUGACAGUGAAGAGUCUGCCCCAGCUGCUGAUGGCCGUACUGAGAUUUCCACAGAUGAUGCCAACUUUAAUCGAAGUUAUGUGAAAAAGAAGUUGGAGCAUGGCCUUUCUCGGAUCUGGCAGGAUGUUCAAUUAAAAGCAAAAACAUAUUUGCUUGGAACCGAUUUAUCCAGUUUCAAGUAUGACGAUUUUAUUUUUGUACUGGACAUUAUUAGCAGACUAAUGCAAGUUGGUGAAGAAUUUUGUGGCAGUAAAUCCGAGGUGUUGCAGGAGUCUAUUCGAAAACAAAGUGUGAAUUAUUUUAAAAGCUAUCACAGAAUACGCCUUGAAGAGCUACGAAUGUUUUUAGAAAAUGAAACCUGGGAACUAUGUCCUGUGAAAUCAAACUUCAGUAUUUUGCAAUUGCACGAGUUUAAAUUUAUGCGGCAGUCACGUUCCCCUUCUAUGUCACCCAGCAAGCAAUAUACAACAACGCCAGUCACAACGGGAUCUCUAUUUGACCAGUAUCAAAAUGGUGGAAAUCCAUUUGAACACCAGGCAGACAUCAAAGAUGAUGAAUCAGAAGAUGUUCUUGCUGCUAAUGGGUAUGAAUCUGAUGAGUUGGAGAAAAGUGUUUAUCAAGACUAUGAUAGUGACAGUGAUGUUCCAGAAGAGCUUAAAAGAGACUAUGUGGAUGAGCAAACUGGUGACAUUCCUGUGAAAAGCAUCUCAAAAGAAACCCUGAAAGGUAGGAAGAGGUCGGACUACUAUCUGAACAAGGGCAAUACACUCAUUUUAACAAACACUACUCUGAAUGUAAUAAGGCUUGUUGGAAAAUACAUGCAAAUGAUGAAUAUCCUGAAGCCAAUUGCUUUUGAUGUUAUCCACUGUAUGUCACAACUAUUUGACUAUUACUUGUAUGCUGUAUAUACAUUUUUUGGACGGGAAGACAUGUAUGAAUCCACAGGACUGGGACUCAUUAGCAGCAGAUUACGAACCACAUUGAAUAGAAUACAAGAGAGCCUUAUUGAUCUGGAGGCACCACCUGAAACCGCUGGUCCCUUAACAGCAACAGAAGAGAGGAAAGAAAAGGUUCCAAGCCCACACCUCAGCCAUCUCGUUGUUUUAAAUUCUGCUGAAACACUAUAUGGUCUUGCAGAAAGGGUCGUUGCUACAGAAUCUUUGGUAUUUCUAGCUGAUCAAUUUGAAUGUUUGCAGCCGCAUCUUGAUGCCAUGAUGCCUUCAGCCAAGAAGCCUUUUUUGCAGCAGUUUUAUUCACAGACUGUGUCAACUGCAAGUGAGCUGCGCAAACCAAUUUACUGGAUUGUGGCUGCCAAAGCCAUUGAUUAUGAACAGAUGCUGCAUCUUAUGGCUAAUGUUAAAUGGGAUAUCAAAGAAAUUAUGUCACAGCACAACGUAUAUAUUGAUACUCUUCUUAAGGAGUUUGAACAGUUCAAUAAGAAGCUAUCUGAGGUUUCCAAACGAGUGCGUAUACCACUGCAGGUCUCUAAUGUGCUCUGGGAGCAUUGUAUUCGGCUGGCGAACAGAACCAUUGUCGAAGGUUACGCAAAUGCAAAAAAAUGUAGUAAUGAGGGGCGUGCUUUGAUGCAGCUGGACUUUCAACAGUUUUUAAUGAAGUUGGAGAAGCUGACAGACAUCAGGCCAAUUCCGGAUAAAGAAUUUGUGGAAACCUACAUUAAAGCCUAUUAUUUGACUGAAAAUGACAUGGAAAGAUGGAUUAAAGAACACAGGGAAUAUUCAACCAAGCAGCUAACUAACCUAGUGAAUGUUUGUUUGGGCUCGCAUAUAAAUAAAAAAGCACGGCAGAAACUGAUGGCAGCUAUUGAUGAAACUGACAGGCCUAAAAGAUAGCCCUUACCAAUUGUUGUGCUCACUGUUGUUCAAGCUGGCACAGGGAUAAAUAAAUCCACUCUAAAUAAAUAAAUAAUGGCUUUUUGUGUUACACGCAUUUAUGAUGCAUGUUACUUGUUUUCUGAUCAAAAAAGCAAUGUUACAUAAUGAGCUGGGAACUGCUGCUUUAAUGUCUAAUGUGUGUUCACAUUUAGCUUCAUUCCUUUCUUGUUUGAUAUGCCCAAUCCUCCUAGUAAUCCUGUUUUUAGAAUCUAUAUGAAAACUAUUCACAAUGUUCUGCUUAUUCUUGGUGGGAGCAGGCUAUAAUUUUUUUAUCUGUUGAAAUAUGGGUUGUAAGGAUUAUAUAUUGUAACAGAAGGAAACUGUAUCUUAGUAGUGUUACUAAGUGUGAAGUACUCUAUGUAUUGAAGCAAAUGUUAACUAAAUUGAUUUUACAAUCUUUUUCAAUAUGUAAAAGAGUAAAUAUUAAUAAAUGAGGGCAGCUUAUGCUUCAUACAGAACUACUGUAAGUAAAGAAACACAAGUUAAAUUCUGUACAUCCUCAUUUAAUUUGUUCUGAUAUUAGAAUUUGAAAACUAAGUUGUUCCUUGUUAAAAGUGUAUCAUGGAUGGGUAUCUCAACAAUAAAAAAAAGCUCAAACUGGGAGAUUUUUUAUACCCUGCAACGACUUGUGUUGAAUCAGUCAUAAUGUUACCUGGAGAUUUUGUGUGGACAGCAAAAUUUGAUUUUUCAUGACAAUUUUCAUGAAAUGGAUAUUACCAGCUGCUUUAAAAUAAUAAAAUCACUGUAAAAUAA